UCGAUAGUCCAGAGCCAUCAAUUAUGAGUAGGAAAAAUCAUAAUGCUAUUUGUUGAAUUAAACGUUAAUGGACGUGAAUGUCCCAAAUUUUAACUAAAGAAUUAAAUGGCAAAUAUGGAAAAGCAAAUAAUAGAGCCUCGUUCGUUCUCAUUAGCAUCACAUGAUGAUUCCUAAUCACUCGCCUUGGAAACCGCUUAAUGUGUUGUUAGCAGGCAUAAAAUAAAUAAUAAUUUCCGCCAUUUUAUCUUCCCAGAUGAUAGUCUCUCUCCCCGUAAGCCCAUAAUGCCGCAAGGAACCCUUGAAGUCCUUCUUGUUAGUGCCAAGAAACUUGAGAAUACUGAUUUUCUUUGUAAAAUGGACCCCUUCGUGAUCCUCACAUGCCGUACUCAGACGCAGCAAAGCAGUGUUGCAUCAAACCAGGGAACGAAUCCAGAAUGGAAUGAGACGUUUGUGUUCACCGUGUCUGAAGGCGUUAAAGAUAUCCAUUUGAAGAUCAUGGACCAAGAUCUCGGCACACGUGAUGACUUUGUUGGAGAACUUACCAUUCCACUGGCUUCGGUGUUUGCUGAAGGAAGAGUUCCACCCCAUUCAUACACCGUUGUCAAGAAUGACCACUAUUGUGGGGAGAUUAGACUUGGCCUGAAAUUUACGCCCGAUCAAAACCGUAAUCGGGGUAUGGACGAAAGUUUUGGUGGAUGGAAGGAGUCUGCUGCUUAUUACUGAGACCAAAUAUUUUUGAAUUCUUUAUUAACAUUAACAUUAACAUAAUUUAAUUUCUAAACUUGUACCACAUGAGGAUCUUGAUAUUAGUUGGCCAUUGUAGGAAGUUUAUUUUGAGUAGAAUUAGUACUAUACGCGCUAAAUUAGUUAUAAUUUGGUGGCUUCAUGUAUGUAAAUCUCUAUAUCACCAAUGAAGUUAUAAUUUUGAAAAUGCAUGCAUCCAUUCUAAAUGAGGCCAUGCCUAUCAUUGCAUAUUUGCAUUUGACUUUUUAUGUAAUAAUCGAGAUUACAUCAGUGGACAUACCGAGACAGGUAACUUAAAUCUGCAAUGCAAAACGACAUUGCGAUUUGGGAGGCACGAUAAGACCUAAUGUGAGUUUGAUUUGAAAGAGGGAGGAGAGGUUUGAAAUAUAAAGGUUAUACUUAAUUUCAUUUUAAUCUUUCCCAUCUCUCUCUAACACAGUAACACUCCAAUAAAACCUCACAACAUACCCUUAGAUAAGAAAGUGGCAGUAACACUCUAAACAAGCAGAGUGAGAUCUUAGGAUGGAGGCAAUAAGCUUAAGGAUUUGACAGCAUUUGGUAGGAGAAGUAAACAAUACUACACAAUACAACAUAGAUACAAUAGUUAGAUAGCUUAGCGAAGGAUGACAAGAUCGGAACCUGCCUGCUUUACCUACCUACCUGCCUAGACAUUUUCCAGAAACAAUGCAGAGCACCAACCAAACUAGGUCUUAUGUUCAUAAUGUAUUCACAAAUGUCACCAUCAAAACUAAGAAAAUAUGGUGACAAUCUAUAAAGUACAAUCAGUAGCAAUAUUUCUGGGGCAUGCAUCAAAUCUUUUACUAGUUUACCUUGGAAAAUGAUUCUGGAACUGAGAAUAUUGAUUUUGAGGAUCAACUUCAGGAUAACCUCGCUGGCUCGCCUUUUCUAAGGGUGGAAUUGGAUUGCUACGUGAUGAUUGUUGCCCCGGCAUGGAAUUCACUCCUAUGUCAUGGUAAAAUGAGAAAUUAC